GAUUUAAUACCUUAUGAAAUUAAAAUUAAAGAUAGUAUAAUAAACCAAGAAUUUCGACCUUCUUUUGCAAAUUUAAUACCUGAUUUUGAUAGAUUUAUUCUUUGUGAAGGGUGUAAAUGCUUUCCAAAAUAUUCUCCAAAAGCCGAAUUAUGUCGUUUAUAUUAUUUCUAUAAUAAACAUAGAUUAUCUUUUUAUAUAAUAAAUCUCAAGUUUUAUAGAAGUGAUAAAAAUCAAAAUGUAACAAUACCAAUAGAGCUAAUUGAUUCUAUACAAGAUACUUUGACAAUUUUACUAACAGGUGCUGGAAAAACACUUAUUUUUUCUGUCACUAGCAUAUUAACAAAAGCUUUAACAGUUGUUUUUACACUUUUAAAAGCAGUAAUGGGAUGUCAAUUACGUGAAUUAGUAGAAAUAGGUAUUCCUACUGCAAAAGUAUAUGCCGCUUCAGAUCAACCCUUAGAAGAACAAGAAAAGAUUUUUGGUGAAGUUGCAGUAGGCAUUACUAAAGUUUUACCUGCGUGGGCAAAAUUAGGACAAAUAAAAGAAGAAUUCCCACUAUCACCAAUUCUAUUGUUAAUAGCAACUUGCUCUGAUGAAGAAGCAUCAAAACUUGCAAUAAUUUUAAAACGGCCUAAUUUAAAGCUUGGCAUAUAUCAUGGAAAAAUACGUAGUGCAGAUCAAACAAUAACUUUACGUUUGUGGAGCAAUAAAAAAUUAAAAUAUAUAGUUGCUACAAAUGCUUUUGGUAUUGGAAUACACAUAUCAGAUAUCCGAAUUAUUAUUCAUACUACAUUUUCCCUAUCACUAACAAAUUUUGUACAAGAAGUUGGACGAGCUAGUAGAGAUGGCCAACAAGCUAAAAGUAUAGUUUUGUAUUCUUAUGCUGAUAUCUGUGAGUUGUUGAUAAUUGUUGGUACAAAAAUUGAGAGUUCUGAUGAAACACAAACAAUUCAACAUAACUACUUAGAAAAGAUGAAAAGAAAAAUAUUUGCAAUAGCUUAUAUCUUUGAAGAUUCUUAUCAAUGUCAAGAUCCUGAAAUUCCUGAAUAUGGUAUUUGUGAUAAUUGUAAUAGAUACAUUAUAGAUAAUAUUACUUGGUAUGAUAUUAGUAAAGACUUGAUUCGAAUUUUAGAUACAGUAGACAAGCUAUUAAAAUUCUCAAAUGAUCCAAUAACACAAUUAGUAAAUUUUGAACACGAUGAUAUUGAAAACGAUAGUAACAAAGCUAAAGAUAAUAUUAUUCGAACUAGAAAUACAUAUUUGCAUGCUAUAGAUUGGCUUUGUAUAGAAGAAUUAUUAGUUCAAAAUGUAGUAAUUAGAUCGAUACGAUCUGGUUCUUCGAUGAUAAUUUAUAGCUCUAAUAUUUCUGGAAUAGUACCAGAUGCAAGGCAUAAAAUACUUGAAAAUUUGUGGUUAGAAGCAUUUAAAUCAUAG